AACUCAGAAUCUUCUCCCAGUAGCUCAGCUGAACUCACACCUCCUGUCAACAUGUCCUACAACUGCUGCUCUGGAAACUUCUCCUCCUGCUCCCUUGGGAGCCAUCUGCGCUGUCCAGGCUCCUUCUACCCCAGCAACCUGGUCUAUAGCACUGACCUCUGCUCUCCCAGCUCCUGUCAGCUGGGAUCCUCUCUCUACAGUCAGGAGACCUGCUGUGAGCCUGUCAAGUGCCAGACAUCUCGUGUGGUGUCCAGUCCCUGCCAGACAUCCUGCUACCGCCCUAGGACCUCGACACUCUGCAGUCCCUGUUGGACAACUUACCCUGGGUCUCUGGGCUUUAGGUCCAGUAGCUGCCGCUCCCUGAGCUCUGGAUCCAGAAGCUGCUACUCACUGGGCUGUGGAUCUCGUGACUUCAGACCCCCGCGUUAUGGAGUCUCUUCUCUGAGCUGUGGAUCCGGAUUCUGUCGUCCAGCCUACUUUGCCUCCAGUGGAUGCCUGUCAUCGUGUUACAGACCAACAUGUGGAUCCGGUUUCUAUCAUUCAACUUGUUAA